AUGAAGUUCGAUGGCGAUGAUAGUGCUUAUGAAUUUUAUAAAGCAUAUGCCCACAAUAUUGGUUUCAGUGUAAAGAAGCGUUACGUCAAGCGAACGCGAGCUGGUCACGUGGAAAGAAGAACAUUUUGUUGUUCUAAAGAAGGCAAAAAGGGUUUCGAUAAAAGGCGUGAGAAUGUGGCUUUUGAGCGACCAGUUAAAAGAAUCGAUUGUUUAGCACAAAUGACUUGUCAAUUGAAAAAGGAUGGCUUGCUGGAGAUUGUUUCAUUUGAAGCAAAUCAUAAUCAUGACCUUGCUCCCACUCCAAUGAAGCAUGCUGAGCUUGAUGAUGAUGAUCUUGUUCUGAAUAUGUUCUGGGAUGAUGGCAGGUCAAUCAUUGAUUACAAGUACUUCGGCGAUGUUAUAUGUUUUGAUACAUAUAGAACUAAUGAGUAUGGUCGACCGUUUGCUCCAUUUGUGGGAGUCAAUCAUCUGAAGCAGACAGUGAUCUCUGGGGCAGCAUUACUGUAUGAUGAAACAAUAUCCUCCUUCAAGUGGUUGUUUGAAGCAUUUUUGGGUGCAAUGGCUGGAAAACAACCCAAAACCAUAUUGACAGAUCAAUCAGCUGCUAUGGCCAAAGCAAUUGAAGAGGUCCUAGCACAUAAAGUGAAGCAUAGGCGCAAGUUUCAAGUCAAUCAGAGAUCAAUUGACGAUUCGAGAGAGGAAACUAGGGCAUGA